AUGGAGAAGGCUUGGUUGUUAUCAGACAACUCUUCUCCCACUGGAGACUCGACAAUCAAGCCGGCCCAGCCCAAAAAGCGCAAGGUAGUCGCUUUAUCGUUGACAGCCCUACUGAUUUGGGCCUUGAUUUCGCCCUGGUCGCGUGCCGUGCGGCUUCCGUUACCCCCAGACAGCAGCGACGCCGAAACGGCAACGCGCAGUUUCCGCUGGGACUACGUUGCACCCAGCAAGUCUUUGCAAUACACUCCGUGUUUCUCUGAUUAUUUCUGUGCGCGACUGUCCGUACCGAUCAACUGGAAUGCGACAACCGACGACAGGGCUGACGGCCCCUCCGUAGAGAUUGCCAUCAUCAAGCUGCCGGCUAAAGUGCCUGUGACAGACCCACGUUACGGUGGGCCGAUUCUGCUCAACCCUGGUGGCCCUGGAGAAUCUGGUGUAUACCAGGUUUUGUCGGAUGGCAAGAGUUUGCAGACGCUGGUCGACGUUGCCGAAGGGACAGAAUCCCCAGACGCCAAGUUCUUUGACAUCUUGUCGUUUGACCCGCGGGGUGUAAACAACACAACACCUCGCCUACGAUGCUUCCCGGACGGCUUCAAUCAGCAGACAUGGCUGUUGAGGCAACCAGACUAUGGUCUUCUGUGGGAUAGCGAGAGCAUCAUCGGCAUGGAAUGGGCCAGAGCAGAGGCGCUGGGACGAAGUUGCUCUUAUGGUGAAGACGAGUCGGGCAUUCUUCGGUAUUUGAAUACUGCUCAGGUGGCCGAGGACAUGCUCCAGAUUGUCGAGAAAGAGGGCGAGUGGAGAGCGAAAGAGGCGACCAGGCUCAUCCAGGAGCAGUCGACCACCAACAAGGACGAGAUUAUGCAGCGUGCAUCGUACAAGCCGGGGCAAGAAGCAAUUCAGUAUUGGGGCAUGAGCUACGGAACGCUGCUCGGCGCGACAUUUGCAGCCUUGCACCCCGAUCGCAUUGGUCGAAUGAUCCUUGAUGGUGUCGUGGAUCCUGCGGAUCACUAUGGCGGCCACUGGCUGACGCAGCUCCAAGAUUCCAAUAUGAUCAUCACCAAAUUCUGCGAGUAUUGCUUUCGAGCUGGCCCUGGCAAUUGCCCGUUGUACACUGGCUCGUCUGCGGAGGAUGUUGAGUCUCGCUUCACAGCAAUCCUGAUGUCGCUCAGGGGCAGCCCCCUCGCGGUGGCCGUCACGGAUGGAAACACCGUCAGCCCUGAGAUCAUCACAUAUGGCGAUGUGCAUCUCAUCCUUCUUACAGGGAUGUACUUUCCAUUCUCCUUUGCUGAGGGACUCUUCGAUCUGCUCCUUGCCAUAGAGAGUCGGAAUGGUUCGGCUCCGGCGUUGACGAACAUGGCUGUUAGAAAGCAGGCUCGGCUAGUCCCGAUCGAAUGUGGGCAGGAUGACUCGAAUCUUGGAGGCUGCAUUCCUUACAUAUCUGGAGUAGGGGCAUCGCAAUCGAUAUCAUGCAUGGACAUGGCUGGCUCAACUUCUCUCACUCGGACCGGUUUCCAAGACUAUCUAGAAGAGUUGCAAUCGCAAGGUCGAUGGAUCAGUCCCAGCUGGGCACGUAACAAGCUCGCCUGUGUUGGCUACACGGUCCACCCCGAGUGGAAGCCGGAUCUUACCUUUGAGAAGCAGGAGUGGGCGAACACAUCGCACCCACUGCUGAUCAUUGGCAACUCACACGACACUGUGACACCCGUGAGGAAUGCCCGCCGUGUCUCGACCUUGUUCCCCGGAAGUCAAGUGCUGCAGCAGGACUCGGAGGGACACUGCUCGCAUUCGACACCGUCCCUUUGUACGGCGAAGGUGAUUCGUGAGUAUUUUCAGAAAGGGACUUUGCCAACAGACGGCAAAGUGUGCGCACCGGAGACCAGGCCGUUCCUGGGUUGCAUAUCAGAAGAUAGUGAGGACGAGAAAGAGUGUAAAUACGUAGACAGCGAGGACGCUCGGCUAUGGGAAGCGAUGGUAGACCUAGCUGACCCAUUCGGACUGCGGCAGGAGUAA